AUCCUUUAGCCCACAGUGUCUUGCGUAAUUCACUGCCUGAGGACUUCUCCACUGCAGAGCUACAAGCAGUGAGCCUCUGUAAAAACAAGGCGGCCUCUGAAGAGCCCUACAGCAGAGAACAAAUGGUGAAGGAGGUUUUGAAGAGCAAUUGUAAUAUAGAAGAUUUCUGUCUUUCCUGUGGCAAGAGGGAAGCUGCAACUUUCCACCCACUGUUUGAAGGAGGUUUAUGCCAAACAUGCAAGGACGUUUACUUGGAGAUGUCUUACAUUUACGAUGAGGACGGCUCACAGUCCUACUGUGCUAUCUGCUGUGGUGGUCGCGAAGUUCUGCUCUGUGCCAACGCCAACUGCUACAGGUGUUUUUGCGUGGACUGCCUUGACAUCCUGGUCAAUCCUGGAACCCCAAACAGUGUUGGAUUUGAGGACCCUUGGAGUUGCUACAUGUGCCAGCCACUGCUGCAACAUGGUGUCCUUAAGUGUCGCCGUGAUUGGAACCUCAAGCUGCAGGAGCUCUUCACUAAUGACAAUGUGCAGGAGUUUGAGAAACCAAAAAUGUACCCACCACUCCCUACAGAGCAGAGAAGACCUAUCCGAGUUCUUUCCCUGUUUGAUGGCAUUGCCACAGGCUACCUGGUCCUUAAGGAUCUGGGAUUUAAGGUGGAUCUGUAUGUGGCGUCCGAGAUUUGUGAGGACUCCAUCUCACUGGGUUACGUGAGGCAUGAAGGAAAGAUCCAAUACGCCCGUGAUAUCAGGAGUAUUACAAGCAGAAAUAUUCAAGAGUGGGGCCCAUUUGACUUGGUGAUCGGAGGAAGUCCGUAUGAUGAUCUCUCCACAGUCAAUCCUGCAGGGAAAGGCUUGUAUGAGGGAACAGGGAGGCUUUUCUUCGAGUUCUACCGACUGCUGAGCGAGGCCAUGCCCAAAGAAGGAGAGGAGCGGCCAUUCUUCUGGAUGUUUGAGAACGUGGUCACCAUGCCUGUCGAAGUCAAACGAGACAUCUCACGAUUUCUGGAGUGUAAUCCUGUCAUGAUUGAUGCUGUUGAGGUUUCCGCUGCCCAUCGCGCUCGCUAUUUCUGGGGAAACCUCCCAGACAUGAACAGGCCUCUCUGUGCCUCUAGUACGGACAAGCUGGAGCUGCAGGACUGUCUUCAUUCUGGCCGAGUUGCUAAGUAUGGAAAACUGAGGACUGAAGACCAGCAUUGCCCUGUGCUGAUGAACGGCAAGGAGGACAUACUGUGGUGCACAGAGCUGGAGAGGAUCCUUGGGUUUCCAGUGCACUACACGGACGUUGCUGACAUGGAGCCGGCAGUAAGAAUGAAGCUCCUGGGUCGUUCCUGGAGUGUGCCAGUCAUCAGGCAUCUCUUUGCCCCACUCAGAGACUACUUUGAUUGUGAAUAGAGAUCUGCGUAUGACCAGGGAACGCCCACUGUAACAUAAUUUAAGUUUAAGCUGGCAACAAAUGUUGACCUACCGCCUUGAAAAUGUAAGUAUUUCUCAUAUUUAUGUUCAUUUGGUUAAAUUUAUAGACAAGUUGUCUCAACGUUGUUUGUUUGUUUGUUUUCUGAAAGUUUGUUUGUUCUGAAUGUUCACUUAUCUUGCAACAAAAGUACCUUGGUUAUAGUUGAACAAUCGCACAAUUCUAGAGUACUAUUUUG